AUGCUGCAGAACUCUUCCAACAACCUCGAGGAGCCACAUCCACGGGUGCUUAUCCACGAGGGCUUGCCACGGCUCCGGCAGGUUGAGAAGGAAGACGUGGGAGACAUCAUGCGGAAGAUUGGGUGCUCUAAGGAACAUCACCUCGGCUCAGGAAGCGAGCUGUGUAAGGCAUUGAACUGGCUGUACCAGUCAGAGACACUCGUGCAUGAUGAGUUCCGCACAGCUGAUGAGCUGGCUAUGGAAGAGCUGCAAGAGGCAUCAACUUCGUAUGCAGGUGCUCUGACAGAGUUCCGUGGGAAGGCGAUGGAUCGCGAGGUCUUGGCUGACCACUUCAACGGGCAACAGGCCGCCAAGCGACGAGGUUCUUUUGUGUCGAAGGAUGCCGGCGACCUCACAGGCACCUCUCCGAAGCGCUUCCGCCUGACAUUCAAGCAGCCAGGCCUCUGUCUGCUGCUGCGGCUGCUUGAGUUUGUGGUGCCGGACCUAGACUUCCCAAGCUGCGUGCGGGCUUGGCAUGGCUUACCGGCACUCCAGGCCUGCAUCGAGGACCUGGAGAGGUGUGCACGUAUCUCGUUCGAUCUGAUUGUUUUGCCUUCGCGUCGUGCUUUCCUAGCCCGCUGCUAUCCGCUGAAGCACAAGCUGCAAUACACCAGUCUUCGUGAAGAUCAUCAGCAGGCUUGUGCCGUGGGCAGGAAGCUAGGGCAUGCUCUCGGUGUGCAGGUUGUUUCUGGAUUGAUCCAGAAGCUGGCCACUUUGGAGGCACCCGGGCACCCGGCCUUCAAGUUGAAACGUCUCAUCGACUUCGCAUGGCAACAGCAACCGGAAACUGCGCAGGCGAGGCAGACGUCUGUGAAGAAGUCCAAGAAGCUUGAAGAGGCUCUGCGCAAGGUGGCUCAGCGCAAACAGCGUCGGCCCCGGCCCCGCAGAGAGGUGCCGAGCCUGCUGCAGCUGUCCGCCCAGAACGGCGAGGACCCGCCGAGGAAUGAGGGCGACUGGAGCCAGGAUCAGGAGAUCGAGCUGAACGCCAGAUCUGGUCAAAACCCUACCAGCCUGAUGCAACUUGCAGCAACGGCCGCGGCAGAAUCUCUAGUCGAUGCCGUUGAGGCACAAGCUCCUGCGCAUUCACCGGCAAGCCUGCUGGAGCAGGAGAUGUCCAGUUUGGCCAAUCUCUUCUGGAAGCCGCUGACAGGCCGAGUCCUUGCGCUGGCAUCCGGUGCCUGGCGGCAGAAGGCUCUGCUUCGACGGUGCGCCACCCGUUGGUUUCGUGAGGUGCCCAUCACCGCAGCCACAUCUCACCGCUUUCUGAUUGCAUAUUGCUUCGCAUGGUACAUUGCGACGGGCGAAGGAUACUUUCCGAACCCUUUCGAAGACAGCUUUAGGUGGUCGGCGGGUGAGGAACUGCGAGAAGUCGCGCGGAAGAAAGCUCUCGGCCUGUCUUUCGCACGCGAGGUACUGGCACCCCUGGAGAUCACCGAAGAACUUCUCCGGAAAGAUGUGCUGCAGAGGUCUCAGCCAGAGGAGUGGUGA